AUGAUACCAUUCACCCAUUCACCCAGCCAAUCCAAUCGUUCGUUUGUGCCCCACCCCUCAUCUAAUAACCAAUCCUCAACCCUACUCCACUUAAUACGCGCUUUCUUUCUUUCUUUCUUUCUUUCUUUCUUUCUUUCUUUCUUUCUUUCUUUUUUCGCGCCUAUUGUCUUUCUUUGUCGUUUUUUCUAUUUCUUUCUUCGUUCUUUCUUUUUCUCUUUCAUUCUUUCUUUAUUUCAUGCCUUUCCUUUUUCUUUCUCGAUUUUUUCUAUUUCUUUUUUCUUUUUCUUUCUUUCUAACUCCUUCUCUUUUGUUGUUUCUUUCUCUAUCACUUUUUCUGUAUCACCGUUUCUCUUUCUUUCUCGCCUUUUAUCUUUCUUUCUUUCUUUCUUUCUUUCUUUCUUUCUUUCUUUCUUUCUUUCUUUCUUUCUUUCAUGCCUUUUUGCUUUCUUUGCUGUUUUUCUACUUCUUUCUUUCUUUCUUUCUUUCUUUCUUUCGCUUUCUUACCUUUUUCUCGCUGCCUUUUCUUUCUCCUCUCUUUUUUCUUUUACUUUCUUUUCCGUUCCGUUCUUUUCUUUUUUUUCUUUCUUACACUUUCUUUCUUUUCUUAAGAUCAUUUUGUUUUUCGUCGAAAACAACUUCCUGAUGGCACCAGUAAUGUGCCGGACAUUAACUUUAGCGCAGUCGGGAAAAAAAUGGAUGAUAAACAAUAACAACAUCCCAAAACAGGGAUUUUACACGGAACAGGGUUGGGAUCGGCAUAUUUGUGUCGUGUUUUCAUGUCUGUGUUUCUACGUGUGGGUGAAAAAGAGAGAGAAGUCCGAAGAUUAG